CCAAUGCUCAGGCUGAGGCGGGCGCCUGCAACGGGGCUGGGGCCGGGCGGGGCGGGCGGAGCCGCGGCCGCCGCCAUGGGGCUGCUCAACUUCACCCGCGACCCGGUGCCGGAGGCGGUGAGCGGCGACAUGCACAACCUCAACCAGCUCAGCGCCCAGCAAUUCUCAGCACUGACUGAAGUGCUCUUCCGCUUUCUAACAGAGCCCAAGGAGGUAGAAAGGUUUCUGACUCAGCUCUCAGACUUUGCCACCAUGAAUAAAAUCAGCUUAGGCCCUCUGAAAAACAUUGUCAAAAGUAUUCUUCUGGUGCCCAAUGGUGCCCUGAAGAGGAAUUUGUCUUCCGAACAAGUCAGAGCAGAUUUUAUUGCUCUAGGCCUCAGUGAAGAGAAAGCCAGUUAUUUUGCAGAACAGUGGAAGGUGAAUUCCCCCACCCUGACACACCUAGCUGUUGGUCAGACGCUGAUGAUUAACCAGCUGAUAGAUAUGGAGUGGAAGUUUGGAGUGACUGCUGGGAGCAGUGAACUGGAAAAAGUGGGAAGUAUCUUCUUACAGCUGAAGCUGGUGAUCAAAAAAGGGAGCCAAAUGGAAAACGUGUAUGUAGAGUUAACUUUGCCCCAGUUCUACAGUUUUCUCCAUGAAAUGGAACGAGUCAAAGCCAGUCUGGAAAGCUUUAGCUGAAACUGCAUGGGCCUGAACCAACAUCUGUCCAGGAGGGUUAAUCUCUCCUUGUGGGCCUGCAGAUCUGCUCUUUCCCAGCUGACGCCGACACUCUGAUAGGAGAAUACAAGUCUGUGCAACAAGCAGUGGUGUUGCUGCCCAGAAGGACCCAUCAGUCCCUCAGAACUUGUAAUUUCAGCAAGUGUUCAGAAGCAGCUACAAAUCCACUCAUCUCUUUUAUUUUUUUUUAAUACUAUUACAAGAAAUUGUGGUCAGAAAUAAUGUGGAUACUUGUAUUAAAACAGCAAAGAAAUAAACCCAUUCCCAUCCUGCUUCA